CCAAACCAGUGUGGUCACGCCCCUACACCCUCCUAGCCCCGCCCCUCCCGCGCCAACUCGCUGAGGGGGCGGUUGGCGGGAGCGGCGACGAAGGGGAAGGGGGGUCCGCGGUACGAGGGGAGUUGGGUUCUCUCUGUUGCCCUGUGCCGUUCAGCAGGGUGGGGAGCACCGUUCCUGGGAGGCAGAUGGCAGAAAACUAUUUCUGGGACCUUUCAGAAUGCUUAAUGUGUUAUCUGGUAGGAACAAAGGCAAAGCAGAAAAUGGCUGAGCAGCCAAAACUACUUCGUAGACCUCUGCCUCCUAUGCUGCCAUCUCAACUGCCUAUGCCAAGGAAGAAGAUUGGUAAAGCAGGCAGGAGUUUUGGAAAAUACCUAGCUAGAGCGAUGAAGAGUACAAAUGAUAAAAUUGGAAAAGUGGUGUCUGACAGUUUUGUCGGUGCUCAAGGGCAAGACAAGCAGACAGAUGUUUCCUUCAGCCAUGGUCACAUUUCGCAGAAUCUGGGGCAGACCCAGCCCAAAAAUACAUUCCUGUCUGUUCAUCAGAUUUGCCAAAGUCAAACACAAAUCCAACUCAAAGAUCUCCUUCAGUCUCGGUACCUGUCUGGCAGUAUCCAACCCCAAUCUGACCACGUUUCUUCUUGUCCAAUAUGUUUCCAACACAGACGUAUAUGUCAGCUUAAUCAAGGCAGUAAAUUUGGGCAAACACAGAUCCAGUCCAAAACAACAGGUUUUCAUGACCAAAGGAGAGGCUUAAUUUCCUGUGAAACAAGUUUCCCCACAGCAGAAGUGGAGCAGAAGGGCAAUCUAGUUUUUAAGAACAACUCGGCACAUUGGCCUUUACGAGGCAAUGCUGCAAACUUGGUUGAUCAAUAUGAAAUUAUUCCUAUGUGCUCAAGCAGCCAAAUGCCACGCCAAAGUAAGGAGAAAAACGUGUUUUCUGCCCAAAUUCCUAGGAGAGAUUUUAUUCUUACUGAAAGUCCCAAUGGGCCUGAUUACUUCGCAUUUUGCAAAAAUCAUAAAUUCUCUCAUGUGAAGCAUGGAAACUUACAGAGCGCUGGUCCUGCCCAUUCCACUCCUCCUGUAUUUACACUGGGAAGUUUAGCUGCAGUUUCUUCUCUCCAUCUGCCUUUGAAGACAACACUCAAAAAGCCAUUUGUUUCCCGCUACAACUGUGAAGUCCUCAGUAACCGGUUAAUGACUGAAAACAGGAGUUUGCAGACUGAAGUUAACACAGUGAUUUUGUCUGAUAUUGCUUUACCAGCAGAUGAAACAAGAAAGCCUGAGCAACAGAAGUUCCUAGAUGCUAAUGAUGCCCCUGACGGCAGUAGUGUGGAGGAUGACUGGGAAACCAGAUUCCAUUUUAUGGCAAACAAGAAAGAUGAAGAGGAAAAACUGAUGUUCAGAUCCCAAGUGAAAGUAUGGCAUUGCUUCUGGAACCGGAAGACCGCUCUCAGCCUUCAGGCCUACUUUUUGUUUCACCUUCCAGACCUGACCCCUUUGAUGGAUAAUUUGGUCUACCUUAACUUGUCAUUCAAUAAUUUACUCUUCUUUCCGAUGGAGGUGUUUAAUAUUAAAUCUUUACAAGUCCUUGUGCUCCGGAGCAACCCCAUCAGAAUAAUCCCCAAUGACAUUCACAGAUUGAAGUCACUGAAGAAAUUUACAAUUUCCUUUAAUUUGCUAUCAGAACUUCCAUCUGGAUUGUUUUUAUUAGAAGAUCUCCGCUAUCUGGACAUUGCCUAUAAUCAUAUUAGCUUUAUUCCUAAUGAUAUCAAGAACCUCAGAAAGCUUGAGUAUUUGAACACUGAAGGGAACCAGCUCUCUGCUUUGCCAUCUGGGGUUUUGAAUCUUCCACUAAAAUUCCUCAGAAUAGAAAAUAAUUUCAUACACCCUUUGUUAUGGAAUGAAAAGAUUCAGAACCAACCUCAGAAGCUUAUUGAUCUGGCUGCCCUCUGCUUCUCCACAAAUAACCUAAAGGAAAGAUACAACAACAUCACAGAAGAUAUUAAAAAGAUUUUGGAUGAUUUUACUUUCUGUGACUGCUGCAGUGGACCUCGGUAUGGCAAAGGACUUCAGCUUGUCCAAAUGUACAGAAACGUAUUUAAAUGUGGAAGGCUUCGUUUUACUUCUAUGCCUGCUCAUCAUCGUGCCGUAGAAACUUUGUGUCUCAGCCUGAAGCUUGACUACAGUACUUUGUUAAAAGGUAUCCGGAUUGCAGAGAAACCGUGAGUGGGAUAAAAUAGUUCAGAAAUACGA